AUUCUUCUAAUUCUAAAUCUGGGGUUUUCUUUAAAUUUCAAAUCCCCCACAAAGCAUGCUUCUUUUCUUCUUCUUCUUCAAUUGACGCCACCCCAUUUGAUUUUUUCUCUCUCCUUUUUCUCUUCCCUCUCCUAAACAAACACAACAACAACAACAUAAAAUGGGGGCGUACAAAGCCGACGAUGAUUACGAUUACUUGUUCAAGGUGGUUCUGAUCGGCGACUCCGGCGUCGGAAAAUCUAACCUUCUUUCUCGGUUCACGCGAAACGAGUUCAGCCUCGAAUCGAAGUCCACCAUUGGCGUUGAGUUCGCCACCAGAAGCAUUCGCGUCGAUGAUAAGGUCGUCAAGGCUCAGAUUUGGGACACUGCUGGUCAAGAACGGUACCGAGCUAUUACAAGUGCAUAUUAUCGAGGAGCUGUUGGUGCUUUACUAGUCUAUGAUGUUACACGUCAUGUUACUUUUGAAAAUGUGGAGAGAUGGCUAAAAGAGCUGAGAGAUCACACAGAUGCCAACAUUGUGGUGAUGCUUGUAGGGAACAAAGCAGACCUGCGUCAUCUGCGUGCAGUUUCCACUGAAGAUGCUACAACUUUCGCUGAGCGAGAGAACACAUUUUUCAUGGAAACAUCUGCCCUCGAGUCCUUGAACGUUGAAAAUGCCUUCACAGAAGUGCUGACCCAGAUCUAUCAUGUUGUAAGCAAGAAGGCCCUUGAGGUUGGAGAUGAUCCAGCAGCUUUACCAAAAGGACAGACAAUUAAUAUUGGGUCCCGUGAUGAUGUAUCGGCUGUGAAGAAAUCUGGAUGUUGUUCUGCUUGAGUGUGUAGAAGACAGUCUCUGUAUUUUUAUAAAUUAUAUGCCUUGUUUAUACCAUGUAGAGAUUGGCCUCACAGCAUGAAGAUGAUUAUUUAGCGAGCAUCAAAUUUUAAAGUUUCUGCUUAGAAUUAUGUUCAAAAUUAGCCAAAUGUUUAGAAAACAAGCACAUUCAUUUUGCAUUGUGCCUAUUUUUGUGCCAUUUAAAGAUAUUUAUUUAUCAAAUUUCCAAUUUAUUAGUUUGAUUC